AUGGGAGGUAACAUAGCUAGGAAGACUGCAGCAGAGCUGAAGGAGAUAUUCAAGACCUUAGCCAAGAGCUCACAACAGAAAUCGGUCCGUGGGAAAAGAGUUGAGGCCAGCUCUGUGACGCAACAGUUUGAGCUGCAGAAGCAAGUAGCUGAUCUUGUGAGACAAGUGGAGCAUCUUAAGAUGGGUAAGAUGGACACACCUCCCGUCCCGGUGCAGAAUUCAGCUAUGCAGCAUGCAGCGCUGCCAAAUGUUGAGCCUUGUGGAAUAUGUGGAGAUUUCAGCCAUGGAGCUAAUGAGUGUCACAGAAUGGGCGAGUUCACUCCGGAGGGUCAAGCUGAAGUCUAUGCGGCACAAGGAUUUCAAGGCUACAAUCAAGGGCCAAGCAGACCUGGCUUCGUGCAAAACUACAAUCAAGGGCAGAGCAGACCACAGAAUUAUAAUCAAGGGCAGAACGGCAAUAAUGGAUGGAGAGGACAGCAGCCCUAUGCACCGCAGCAAAAUUUUUCCCAACAAUAUCCACCGAGGUAUCAACAGCAAGGGAAUUUUCAGCCUGCGCAGCAACACGCUCAGCCCCAGAAGUCAUCACUUGAAGAUACGUUGCAACAGCAGCAGCAGCCGGGAAAAUUUCAUGGUCAACCUCUGCAAACUCACCAAGCUUUAGCUAUCACUGCUCUCGAAGAGCAGACUUGGAUACCGGAACAAGCAUGGAUUCCAGAGAAGACCAGGAUACCAGAGCUGACGUGGAUGCCUGAACCAACCACGGUACUAGAGCAGAAGAAGGUAACCGCGCUGCCCAGCCCAGCCUUACCGAGUGCCGCGCUGCCCAGCCCAGCUUUGUCGAAUGCAGCACUGCAGAGUCCAAUGCAGCCGAGCUCUCCUCUGCCAGAGUCAGAGCAGCCGAGAUCCCCUCUGCCAGAGUCAGAGCAGCCGAGCUCUCCUCUGCCAGAGUCAGAGCAACCUUCAGCACUGCAGAAUCUAACACUUCAGAAUCCAGCUAUGCAGGAGCCAGCUAUACCAAGUCUAGCUCUGCAGCAUCCUGCCAUGCGUAGUUCAGCUAUGCAAAAUCCGGCCCCGCAGAGUGCAGCCUUGCCAAGGGCAGCAUUGCAAUGGUCAGUCAUGCCAAAUCCAGUUCUGCAAAACUAUGGCAUGAGAAAGGCACCUAAGCUGAUAAGGACGCCAGAGCUAAGCAGAGCACAGGAGCUGAGACGAGCGCCAGAGUUGAUAAGGCGGCCAGAGCUAACUCUCCACAAGUCCACUACGCCGUAUCGACCACCGAAAAUUUCUGACCAUGUGGAAGAAGUGGGAAAUUUCAGCGCUAACAGUCUUCUGCCAGCUCUAUCCAGCACUCCAGCUCUGACGAGCCCAGCUCUGACUACUCCGCCAACUAUGACGAAGGACACUAGCGCUGCACAUCUUUUGCCAGUUCUGACGAGCCCAGCGCUGCCCAUCCAGCCUGCUGUGAUGAGCACUGGUCCGGACGAAGAAAAGGAGACGCCGAUUCUCAGAUCGGUAGCGCUGUCCCAGAAUAAAGAAGGUGUGUUGCCAAAGGACGUGUUUGACCCUGGUGUCGCCAGUCUAAGGAGAAUUUCAGAGGAGAGGGUCAUCGCAUGA